AUGGCAACUGCGGACGACGCUGCCGCUUUAAAUGCCAAGCUGGAGCAAGCGGAGUUGUUGGGAGCGAGCAUGACAAGGAGGAUACACCUCCUAGUCCUUAUCCAUGGUCUGUCCAGUGCCAUACGCCUUCGUGUACAUGCUUUGUUUGACGAUUAUUCAGGAAUGUGGGGAACUUGUGAACAUCUCGAGGAACUUGCCAAUACUAUUACAGAGGUUCAUUCGAAUCCUCCAUCGCGGUCUGGAUCCCGGCUUGACGCUGGCGUUGAACUGGACGUCCUCGUAGCGCAGUCAAAUCAAUCAGUCCAGACAUACGAUGGGAUAGAUUGGGGUGCAGAACGUGUUGUCGGCGAGGUAAUACGCGAGCGAAUCCAAGCCAUACAGUCAAGUGGCGACACGGUCAUCAGGUUUUCCAUCACUGGCUAUAGCCUCGGUGGCCUGGUAGCCCGUUACGUCGUUGGAGUACUGCAUCAUGCCGAUUUCUUCGCGGCUGUGGAACCCGUCAAUUUCGUUACCAUUGCUACACCCCACCUUGGAAUCCCACGAUAUCCUACAACUGUUUCGAGUAUCCAUGCAGUUCUCGGUCCGAAAUUUCUUAGUCGAACGGGAGAGCAAUUUUGGGCGAUGGAUAAGUGGGAUGGACCCGAUGGACGCCCAUUAUUAGACAUCAUGAAUCGCAGGGACAGCAUAUUUUUUAAGGCACUAAGCCUCUUUCCCCACAUCACCAUAUACGCUAAUUGCAUAAAUGAUACUGUUGUGCCCUAUCUCACAGCGGCAAUAGAAACCGAGGAUCCAUUCCUCGCCCAUAGUGUUAAUGGAAUCGAAGUGAGUAAAGCCAUUCUCGCGUCCAGGAAACUAGACGAGAGGUAUUCCCCAAUUAUAGAGUCUUACAGACUUCCAGACGUGCCUCCACCUCCACCACCCCAGACACGCCUCCUAUCUCUGGCUUAUAUCGAGUCCCUUCGCAGGAAGAUAUUCGUCCCAUCCGUCCUGCAGGCACGUUGGCCGUUUAAUAUUAACCGAACCACGGUUCGGUUCCAGUAUGGUUUGGUUCACGGUUCGGUCCCGGUUCGAACCGGUUCUCUGAGAACCGUGGCACCCCUACUCAUAGCUCGUCUGUCCCUUGACUCUCGAGCAUCUCGAGAACGCAUUCGUCUCCUUGAAGCAAACACAUCCAGAUCCGAUUACCUCUCCUCAUCCCUCGGCCGUGUAGAGGACGCAGGUGGCGUAUCAAAGCAAGAUAAUGACGCUUAUGCGGGGCUUAGACGGCCAGCCCCUAUGGCCAACGGCAACGCCGGAGCAAGAGGGUUCCAUUUAGAGAAUCCAGAUGAAGCCCAAGAGACGAACUUUCAGAUUGAGGCAAUCAGCCCGCGAUUGACGCCGUUACAGUUGCAAAUGGCGAUGAAUUUGAACAGUAUCCCACAGCUCAAGAAGAAAUUGGCCUAUAUUGAUGGGGUCGUAAAUAGCCAUGCGGUUAUCAUUUCAAGGGAUGUGAAGCGGUUUGAGGUGCAUAAGAAGGGGAGAGGCGUGGUCAGAAAUUGGGCAGAAUCUUUCGUGCUGUAG